CUGCUCCAAUGGAUAACCUCAUCUUCCCCGAACACGAUCGCGUCUUUUUAGAACCCCAUCUGCCACCCAAAGAUGGAGAUGGCGAAUCCAAGUCGAGAUCUCUCCCCUUCACCACCCUCACGUUUGCCACCUCCCUCGACUCAUCAUUGGCUCUCUCCCCCGGCACCCGGACGGUCCUGUCCGGGCCGCAGUCAAAAGCCAUGACGCAUUAUCUCCGCUCCCGCCAUGACGCCAUCCUCAUCGGCGUAGGCACCGCCGUGGCCGAUAACCCGGGCCUGAACUGUCGAGUGGCGGGGGUGGGUGGCUACGGUAGCGAGGGUCUGGCCGGCCAGCCACGACCCAUCAUCAUCGACCCCUCCGCGCGAUGGGAAUUUACAGCGGAGUCGAAGAUCUUCGAGCUCGCUCGGAAUGGGCGUGGACGAGCGCCGUUUAUCAUCACCGCUGCGGAUACGGUUCCUCUGUCGGCUCAAAAGGAGGUCCUUGAACAACACGGCGGGAAGUUUAUUGCGCUCCCGGUGGGGACUACCGCCGAUGGAACGCAUCGUAUUGACUGGACCGCGCUGCUGGAGUGUCUUGUGCAUGAGGGAUUGAAGAGCGUCAUGAUUGAGGGAGGGGGUUCCAUCAUCAAUUCGCUGCUUGAGCCCAGCUACCAGUCUUUGAUUGAUUCGGUGAUUGUUACUAUUGCCCCGACUUGGCUGGGACAGGGAGGAGUGGUGGUCUCUCCGCAGAGGAGGGUCGAGAAUGGGGUGGUGGUUCCGGCCUCACGGUUGACGGGGGUCAAAUGGUAUCCGUUUGGGGAGGAUGUGGUUCUUUGUGGGAGGAUUAAAGGGUCUGCUUAAAGAUGUUCUUUGUGGCUUUGGACAAAGCAAAGUUUUGGACAGAACAAUGGGCCUGGUCAGUCCAUAAAGAUCCAAGGACAAUAAUACGGUAACCAGUUUGCGACUAGGGCGUGGCCAGAGGUUUCGUCUGCAUUGAUGCCGGCUGGCUCGAUUGCUGGGUUCCUUGAGCGGAACAGUCCGAGGAAGGUAUACCUGGGGUGAUGUGAGGGCCAGGUCAAAUGCAUGAAAUUUCAAUCAUACCGUGGUUUUAGGAGUAUAGUGCCGAUGCAGCGCGGUAGUUGCUAUUCUCAAAGCGGAGCUUCGUAGCCAUGACAAACCAGGAUGGCAGACAAGUACCGGGGCUUUGACGGAAGUUGCAUGAUUCUUCCUUAAACAAGGAAUUUGACACAAUCAACACAGGCAACAUGCCACAAAGGACUUCUUUGUUGACCCCCGAAAUAAUUAAAUCAUG